CGGAAUAUUACUAUUAUCUUAGCUAUUAUCCGCCAUUGUUUGCCGCCAGCUUGAGCUUGCUCAUCACUGUCUCUUCCAGGCACUAAGCAGCAGCUGUGGAUCCUCGCACUGUCCCACCAUGUCUUCCGGUUUCGUGUCUGCUGGGACCAACGAAGAGCCCAUAGAACGCGACAAUGAAUGGCACAGAGUACAGCAGGAACUGGAGGAAGAACGAAGACAGAAAGCUGAAUAUGGUCGUCAAGAGGGUGGGAAGAGUCUGUAUGAGGUCCUGCAGCAGAAUAAGAUGGCAAAACAGGAAGCCUUUGAAGAGAAAAUCCGAUUAAAGAACCAAUUUCGCGCCCUGGAUGAGGAUGAGGUCGAGUUUCUUGAUUCUCUUCUGGAGUCGACCCGCGCCCAGGAGGCUACUAUCAAGAAGGAAACCGCCGAACAGCUUGAGGUUUUCCGUCGACAACGAGAACAGGCUGAAAGAGCAGCGUUAGAAGGGACAACAGCCGAGAACGGACCGUCUGCGGAGGAGGAGGAUUGGAAAAUCCCUGCACGCAAGAGGCGCCGUGAGAAGAAUAAAGAACUCCUUCUUCCAGGCAAGAAACGCAAGUCUUCUGCUGGGGAAAGCCUCGGCGGCAAUUCAUCUCAGAAGCUACAGGAGGCUAGUCCUAGUACAAAGGCUCCUGGCGGUAGCGACAAGGUCGAGGUAACCCCUCGCUCUCUUCCAUCAGAAGCAGUAAAUGUUCAAAAACAACCGGAUACUACCGUCGCUGAGGCCGCUGCAGGUGCUGGCAAGAAAGACUACGUGUAUAAAGCCACUCCACAGACAAAGCCCGCAGCAAAGCCCCCAUCCUUGUCUCUCGGGCUAGCUGGCUACAGUUCAGAUUCAGAGUAACCAUUGUCUCGCUUCGUUUUCACUUGAGCUAUUAAAGUAGCCGAAUGGCUUUAAUUACAGCUGGCUUGCAUGGUACGUCAUAAAAGUUCACGGAAUUCAUAACUCGUUACAAGGGCAUAGGUAGCUCUCUAGUCUCAGACAAACCAGAAUUCCAGCUCCACUGGCUUAAUAAAAGCCAAUAUCCUUAACCAUAUUAUUCUCAUCCAAGUUGACGUUCAGUCUGCCAUUCAAGGUUUCUGUAAGAGCUAUUCCGAGAGUAGAACGGGGGAAAGGGAAAUCGAGGACCAGAGCCAGACAUACCGGUCUUCUAUAAAGUCCAUAGUAAUUACCUGUCCAGGCUUGACGACUCGACAGCCCUUGGGGAGAUCCUUCCGGGUGAAGGACUGUAUAUAAUACACGGACGCAUGGGUCAACUUUUGAAAGCGCUAGACCACAUACAAAUGCCAAUAGCGAGGAGAGGGGGAGAGGGCAGACUUACAUUUACGUCUGUUGCUGCUUCUUCAGACUCUAUGAAUCUCUUGCCCUUAAGCUUGUCGAGCCAUUCGGACCUCUUGUUAACGGGAAAGUUGACUCCUGGGACGACAAGAGGCAUGGUUGUUAGCGAUCACGGUAAUGGACUCGGCGAUACGACGACUGGUCUUGGACCUUGUAGGUGUAUAACGAGAUGCUUGUGUGAAAU